UUGACAUCGCUGAAAUUGGAUUUGCUAUAGAUUAUAAUUACGGUGGUUCAAAAUAAACAUAACCUCGCGGUUUUGCCGAAAAAGAGUAUUUUAAAUAAAGUACAUCUUUAUUUUGUAUUGUUAUUGAACACCAAACGUCACAAUGGCUAGUCUUGUUAGAAAAUUAUUUUCCGUUGCCACCGUUUCAAUUCGUCGAACAAAUAUACGUCUGGUUUCUUCUAAAAGCGAUGCGAAAAAAAAAGAAGAGGAACAAAAAGUACCGAAGGAGGAGUUAGAAGAUCAGAUCAAGAAAAACAUAGUUGUAGAGAAAUUCGGUGGCAUCACAACUCUUAAUAUAGAUAGACAGAAAUCAAGAAAUAGUUUAGAUGAGGCCACGUUAAGAGAAAUGUCUGAAGCUAUUAAUGCAUUUGACAAAGAUACAGAUGCAAAAGUUCUUGUGUUUAACGGUGAAGGUGGCAGUUUCUGUUCUGGUUUCGAUCUGGACGAAGUUGGUGAAAAGGGAUAUCAAAAUUUCAUAGAUGCUGGGUCAAGACUCCUUCGUCGGCCGCUCUGUGAUAAGCCGACUAUAGCCGCGGUUACAGGAUAUGCUGUGGGUGAGGGUUUUGAACUGGCACUUGCUUGUGAUCUGCGCAUCAUUGAAGAUACCGCUGUCCUCGGUUGUCUGGGACGGAGAUUCGGAGCUCCACAAAGUCUGUAUGGUGGGAGACGUCUAACAUCUCUUAUAGGUCUUUCUCGGGCAUUAGACUUAUUGAUAACCGGUAGACCGAUUUCCGGGACAGAGGCGCAUGCCUUGGGACUAUCUUGUAAACUCACUGCGACAGGAACUGCUCUGGGAGAAGCGAUAAAAUUAGCCAAGUCGUUGACAAAAUUCCCUCAAAAUGCUCUCAUGAUGGACAAAUUAGCCGCCGUUAAUUCCCAGCUGAAUCCGAACAGCGAAGAGAGUAUGAGAGAUGAAGCUGUCAUGAACAGUUUGCUCGGAUCAGCUCUAGAAGAUCUCAAUGAGGGAAUCAAAAAGUUCAAAGGAGGUAUCGGUAAACAUGGGAAAUUCUACAAACUGACAGAAGUACCCCUUAAAGAUUGGGAGUUAGAGGAAUCGUUUGAAGAAGUAGUCAUCAAAGUUGACGAGGAGAAAGACGAUAACAAGAAAUCUUAAAUUUAUAUACUAAACUGUUUGUGGGGAAAUGAUUUUUUUUAUUGAUCUAGUCUCUAUUUAAAUAAACCGAUUAAUAAAUGUUUAAUUUAAGAGAUGGCACAAUAUUUAAACACGUUGUAUGGAGGCUUUGAUAAUUUAAUUUAUAACUAUGUAUUAAUGUAUAUAAGGGUUAAUAAAAUGCUGGCUAACCUUG